AUGUCCGGCACCCCAAUCGAAAACGUCGAGGAAACAUUCGAAUAUGCAUGGAAGGCGUUCAUAAGUUCUCGUUUCGACGCGAGCAACGCCAGCGGAACAGAUAGAUCCGCGAAUGUGGCAGCGCUCGAUCACGAGCUCCGUGCCAUACAGGAGAAGUUGGAUAUGCUCAUGUUGCUUGCAAAAAGGCGGCGGAAUGAAGCGGUGCUGGCUUGCACUGUACCGCCCGAGGUCCUGUCCAUGGUGUUUCUAUACGCGUCGCGUAUGCACGACUGGCAGCCAUCGGGGCCUUACAGAGACUCCAAGUAUCACCCUGGAUGGACUCAGGUGACCCAGGUGUGUGCGUACUGGAGAGAGGUCGCCCGCGACACGGCGAUGCUUUGGUGCGAAAUAUCUUGUGUUAACGUUCCCAGGACGGGGAUGCUACCAUACUUGCUGAGAUCCAAAGACAUGCCUCUCUCUCUAACCUUCCGUCGCGACGGCUGGACACAACAUGAUGAGGAGUGUUUUGUACAAGACAUUCGCGACUGGCUUUGCCCACCAAACUGUCGCCGUCUACAGCAUCUGGAAAUCUCCGAGCAUGGCAAUGGCCUUGCAACUCGAGACUGGAUCGAGCUCUUUGAGCAUCCUAUGCCUGCCCUUGAAGGGCUCUCGAUAGAGGUCGUUCUGGACAGAUGGGAAGUCUUUUUUCUCAGGAUGGGAGCACUAGAAUCAAACCGCCCGCCCAAUCUCCGCAGCCUCAAGUUGGACAACGUACUUUUUCCUUGGGAUUCUUCUGUCUGGGCCGCAGACCUCACCACUUUGACCUUGUGGAUCUGCCCGCCCGAAUGGCAGGAUCUCGCACCGUUAUUGCCUACCAAAACACAGCUCGAAGAUAUACUUUCAAACUUGAAAUCCCUCGAAGUGCUUACAUUGUAUAAUGUGUUCCCAGCUGAACGCGACGUUGAAUCUGAGGCGGAUAUAUUGAUGUUUCCCACUUCUCUGCGCAACUUGCACCUCGGCGGUGAUGAUGACAUUGACAAUUCGACAGCGUGCCUAGAAUUUUUCCUUCGGACUGCAGCCACUCCCGCUCACGUGGCAUGCUACAUUGACGUCAACGUGGACGCUGUGGCAUUCGUAGAACCAGAUCUCUUCUUACGCGCGAUGGAGCUUCUUCAGUCUGGUCGGCCUCCGGCAAAGUCCCUUCUCGUGGAUAGUGAUGCGCUGCAGCUCCUCCAACGCUCUUACUUGUCCGGAGUGUACCGCGUGACUCCAGAGUGGGACGAUGGCGUGGAGGAGGGUACGCGUCGCAUCGACUACUCACGAGGGAUUGAUCGCACGAUCAUUCUGCGGUUGUGUUCCGUGCUCGAUCUAAGUGAUGUACGCAUGUUCACCAUCUCACCCUACGUCCUAUCGUUCGUGAAUGUAAAAGCCGAGUCUCUCAGCGUGGACGACUGGCACGUCAUUCUGUCCCGUCUGCCCCAGCUCACCGGUAUCUCGUUCCCGUACGAACCAGAUGCAUGCGACCUGCUGUGCGCAUUGACGAAAUGCACCGAUGAUGAUGGCGGCGACGAGGCAGAGACUUCACUCCCAGUCCCUCUCCUCACUACCAUCUCGUUCCUCGUCUUCCCGAAACCAGACCGGAACUCUCACGACCCGCCUUUCCUGGCGUUGCGUGACCUUCUGCGUGCCCGUAAGCAGGCCGCAACGCCCAUUCACCGUCUCGUGUCCGGGGGCGUUGGACUGACGGAGGACGAGACGAAUAUCCUGCGAUCACUGGUACAUGAAAUGGUUUGA